AUGUCUGACCUUGGACCGCUACAUCAUUUUCUGGGUAUUACUGUGACUCGAUCAUCUUCAGGGUUAUAUUUGUCUCAGUCUUUAUAUGCUCAAGACAUCAUUGCCCGUGCCUCCAUGACACAAUGUAACCCAGUGGCUACUCCGUUCGACACCAACUCCAAACUCAAUGCUACUUCAGGUCCUGCGAUUAAGGAUCCUACUCUAUACAGAAGCUUAGAUGGAGCUUUACAGUAUUUCACAUUCACCAGGCCAGACAUCUCAUACGCAGUUCAACGGGUAUGCUUAUUCAUGCAUGACCCUCGAGAGCCUCACAUGCAGGCCCUUAAGCAGAUUAUUCGCUAUCUUCAGGGCACAAUUCGUCAAGGAUUGUUUAUCUCGGUCUCCACUACUUCUGGAUUAACGGCAUACAUUGAUGCUGAUUGGGCGGGAUGUCCUGAUUCUCGCCGAUCGACUUCGGGUUACUGUGUCUUUCUUGAGUCCUAUCUCACCACCACCAUCACCAAUGGAAGGCAAUCAAGCAUUAAAAACAAUUCUAUCGUUGUGAUCUCACCUCAAUAUUGCGCACCAUAUCAAGUAGAUCUUUAUAUUGCCAAGAAAGUUAAAAAAGUAACGGAAGAUAGGUAUUUAGGAGCUUUUGAUAUCAAUGGAAAUAACAUCUUCAAAGUUAAAACCAGCGGUUUUUUCAGCAGUAGACUUAUCCUUAUCGAUGCUAACGGAGUUCCGGUCGUAUCUAUAAAACCAGUGACAUUUUCUUUCCUUGAAAGGUGGAAAGUAUAUAGAGGAGAUAGCAAAGACUCAAAAGACCUGUUGUUUAGCGUGAAGGAAUCCACGUUUUUUCAACUCAAGACCAGUUUGGAUGUGUUCUUAGCAUCAAACACAGCUGAGGAUGUCUGUGAUUUUAAGAUUAAACAAAGAGAUAGCAAGAAAUCUUGCAUCAUAUACCGUGGGAAUUCAGAUAACAUCAUUGCUGAGAUGCACAAAAACAAGGCUAUUCGAGAUAAAGUUCGCGGGAAGGACACAUACUCACUCACUGUCUAUCCGAAUGUUGAUUAUGCUUUUGUUGUGGCGAUGCGUGCGGUUCUAGAUGAAAUUAAUACGCCUCGUAACAGAAGUGGUGGUGGUGGCGGUGGCGGCGGCGGGGUUAGUGGUGGAGGAGGUGGAUGUGGUGGAGGUGGAUGUGGUGGUGGCGGCGGAGGUGGGGAUUGAUGCUAACUCAAUUAUGAUGCUUAUUUAUUUUUGUUCGUCCUUAAAAAAGAAAAUUGGUGUUGAUAAGUUCCAUAUCAUCUAAAUAAAUCAAUAAUGUGAUGUACCUGUAAAUUAAUAUUUUCUUUUUUUUCCGAAAAAUAUAAGAUGGAAUUAAAAAAGAAAAUUUCAAGACAACACCCUCGAAAUAUACAUGAAAGUAAAGAGAACUUAUAACUGAUUAUUCUCUAAACAAGAUUUUCCAAUCAAAAAUGAAAUCAUCUAACUUCAUGUUUUUAAAUGAAUCAACAUUAAAGUUAAUAUACUAGUUAGCAAU